CUGUGCUCAUUGCGGCCUGGUGAGGCGCGGAGAGAGGAGGGACUCUCUUGACUCUCUUGUUUCUUGCCGUCAAUGCCGAUGAUGUCUGAACAGAAGGAGGAGGCCCCCAACUCUGGGGAGCCAGUGUGCGUGCUGUGCCGCCGGGCACAGGUCAACCCGGACAUCUGCGGGCGGACAUUUGCCAACGGUGGGCUCUGUGCCCACGAAUUCUGCUUGUUCUUUGCCGAUGGCCUUUUGGAGUGGAGAUGCCCAAUGGGGGGAAUUUUUGGCUUCUCCAUUGGUGCCGUCCAGCGCACCAUCCAGCUGGCAGACCAGAAGGUGAGGACCUGAA